GCCGCCCGCCUCAGUCCGCCGCCACGCGUCAUCCCGAGCGCACGUACUUACGGCCGCUCCGAACCGUACUAACACGCGACGCGCGCUUUUCGAACGUAGUGCACACCGACCGGUUCCACCUAGGACCAGUGACAUAUCAGUGUUGUGUGACUUAUAGUGUUUCUGAGUGCCUGUCAUGGAUUACUGCUGGUUCCUGUGCUGACGAGCGCGGGCUGAGCCGUAUGCUCCGGCGCCGCUAGCCGCGCCACCAUGCGCGCCCAUGCGGUGAUCAUCGCCCUGCUAGGGUUCCUACCCCAGGUGCUGACGUCCGGUUCCUUCGAGCUUAGGAUAAAAAGUUUUACGAACUCAUUGGGUAGGCUAAGUAGUGGGCAGUGCUGUGAUGGUUCCUCAAGUAGUGACGCGCCUUGUUUAGCGCCGUGCAGGACUAAACUCCGCGUGUGUCUCAAGAUUUACCAAGCGAAUAUCGACACGACGUCGCCAUGCACGUUCGGCGACAUCACCACGCCGGUGCUGGGCGGGAACUCGCUCGAUGUUCCAAAUUUGAACGUGGAGGGAUUCAGCAAUCCCAUCGUCUUCCCUUUCGACUUCACGUGGCCGGGGACGUUCUCGCUCAUAGUGGAAGCGUGGCACGAUAUGAACGACACGUCGAGAUCUGACGAUUCCCUGAUCGCGCGGAUGACGAAGCAGAGCAUAGCUGACGUGGGAGGUCCCUGGGUUGAAGAGGAGCAGCGGUGGAGUGGGCCAGGCGGGGCGCACCUGCGGUUGUCGUACCGGGUGACCUGUGCCCCGCACUACUACGGCGCGGGCUGCGAGGUCCUCUGCAGGCCGCGGGACGACGCCUUCGGGCACUACACCUGCUCCGCGUCAGGCGAGAUCGUCUGCCGGCCCGGCUGGACUGGCGAUUAUUGCUCGAAACCGCGCUGCCGGCCCGGCUGCGACGCGGAGCAUGGCCACUGCCUGAAGCCCGACGAGUGCCACUGCCACACGGGCUGGGUGGGCGAGCUGUGCGACCAGUGCGAGCGGCACCCGGGCUGCGUGCACGGCACCUGCUCCAAGCCGUGGGACUGCAUCUGCGAGGAGGGCUGGGGCGGGCUGUUCUGCAACCAGGACCUCAACUACUGCACCAACCACCGGCCGUGCCGCAACGGGGGCACCUGCCACAACACCGGGCAGGGCUCCUUCACGUGCGUGUGCCCGCCCGAGUACAGCGGCGCGGAGUGCGAGCGCGCGCUGCACUCGUGCGAGGAGCGCGGCUGCCUGCACGGCGGCCGCUGCGCGCGCGACGAGGCCGGCGCCCCGGUGUGUGCCUGCCCCGCCGGGUACGAGGGCGCGCGCUGCGAGACGCGCCGCGUAACGUGCGCCGACCGGCCCUGCCAGCACGGGACCUGCGAGCCCGCGCCCGGCGGCUACACGUGCCGCUGCGCGCCCGGCUACGGCGGCGCGGACUGCGAGCUGGAGGCCGACCCGUGCGCCGCCGCCCCGUGCCGCCGCGGCGCCUGCGUCCGCCAGGGCGACGGCCACCGCUGCGCGUGCCCCGCGGGCUGGCGCGGCGCCGCCUGCGAGGAGCGCGAGGACCAGUGCGCGGGCGUGCAGUGCGCGCACGGCGGCUCGUGCGUGGAGCUGGCGGGCGGCGCGCGCUGCCACUGCGCCGCCGGCUUCGUGGGCCCGCGCUGCGAGACCCGCGUGGACCUGUGCCUCACCAAGCCGUGCGCCAACGGCGGCGCGUGCUCCGUGCUGGACAACGACUACUCGUGCCGCUGCCGGCCCGGCUUCGCGGGCAAGGACUGCAGCGUGGACGUGGACGAGUGCGCGUCCUCGCCGUGCCGCAACGGGGGCACGUGCCAGGACCGCGUGGACGGCUUCUCGUGCGCGUGCGCGGCAGGCUGGCGCGGCGCAACGUGCGCGGUGUCGGCCGCCGAGCUGGCCGCGCGCCCCGCCGAGAUCCUGCGGCGGACGUCGGAAGAAACAGAAGAGGGAGAAGAGAGAUUAUCAGCGAGACACGUGGCUCUGAUAGCGGCGCUGUCGGCGGCGGUGCCGGCGGCGGCUGCAGCAGCAGCAGUGGGCGUGGCAUGCGUGCGGCGGCGGCGGAAGCGACUCCGCCUCGCCGCUGACGCUGAAGCCCGAGCUCAGAACGCCGCCAACGCGGGGGGCAACCGCAUCCGCAACUCGUGGGGCAAGUGCGCCGCGCCGGCCCCCGAGUGCCAGAACGCCCACAACCAGGCGGCGGAGGAGUGCAAGCGGAAGACGCUCAACACGGAGUCCGCGGCGCGCCUGCUGGCCGCGCUCGACCCGCGCCUCAGCCAGCUCUCCGCUGACUCCAGUUACUGCACCAACAGUGAUACGUCGCUAGUGAAGCGAGCGCUAGAGGGCGGGGGAGUGUAUGUGCUCGACGACCAUUGCUUGCCGCCCACGUUCGCGACGCAAGUCUAGUGAUUAUACCCAGCGAUGGACUGAUAAUAAGUUAUUUAUUAAACGGACGCUUCUGCGAACCUGGCUGUGCGCCGCAUGUACAUAUAGAGUAAAUAGAGUAACGUGUAAAGUGACCCUGUGUAUAGACAGCUAGUAUGUAAGCGUCGGAUUUAUUUAUUCGAGUGAUUCGCCUGUAUAUAGUAGCGGGCGGCGAAUCGUCGCGAUCUCUGUAGUUCGGUGUUAGACUCGGCACGAGCCAAACAAACCGUGCGUCUGCCUUACGAAUACGAUAUUUUAGACUAAUUUAUGAAAAAUGCACGCGAAUCGAGCGUCCAAUCAGUUUUUACAAUGAUUAAUUUUGUGAUUGACUAAUUAUUGUCAUGUGUUCCUAUGAUUAUGAUGAUUAAUAGUGAAAUGUUUAAAUCUUGUUGCGGUUUUCUUCAAAAUCGACAUAGAUUUUUCCCUCUUUGGCUACCGUACGUUGUACGGCUAGUGAGCACAACUGUUCCUGUCGCGCCGCGCCGCGACGCCAUCUUGUAUAACACCACGCACGUAAUUAGUCCAUAGUAUAAAAUAACUCGUGUACUUAUAAGAAACAAAAUGUCGAAACCUAAGUCAUUGUGUAUAAAAACUAUUAAGUUCUAGAUGUGUAAGUAUGUUCUCCAUUACUUUUGUAAGAGUACUGUGACAAUAUUGUUGAGUCGCCAGGCAACAUAGGACCGAUGCUUCAGGCUGUUACAAUCACUUAUUUAUUUUAAAUACAGUUUGGCGGGAGAUGUAAGUUUUUAAAUGAUUUAGACUUGAUGCGUCCCUUAUUCCCUUUGAUUGCGUACUUUUAAACACGGUAUUGGUUCAUCGCUUGAUCUCAGAUUAUAGAGAUUCGUGAAAUCGGCAGAGUUUUAUUAUUUUCGAAUGCCAUGUUUAAAAUGCCAAACGAAUGAGGGAUGUAUUCACUCUAAAUCGCAAAUUAUAGAAUAGUUUAUGAUAAAUUACUGUUUUAUGAAACAUUGUAGAUAUUAUUUGUUAAGUAUUAGGUCAUUAGCUCUUAUGUUGCCUCCCGACCUGAGCGUAGAAUAAAAUGGUAAAUCGACAAAAUUGUAAAAUUUAUAUCAACCUAUGAAUAGACUGAUGAUCAAUAAUAAUGUUCUUUGUAUUUAAUUUUGUAAGAUGACAAAUGUAAGUUAAAUUAUGUGAAAAUAGAAAGCAUAUUACCUUAACAAUUGUACUAAAAUAGUAUCAUAAUUUUUGUACUUAAAAUUGAUCACAGUAAUAAUGUCACCUUUCAUUUUUCUUUUUGAGAACUUUUAAUGUACCCUGCAAUUUCUAUGACCAAUAAUGAUUAAUUUACAGUAUUUUAAAUUUUAUUUAUUGUAAAAUGAAUGUUUAUGAUUAUGUACCCACUGAUUUCUCUUAAUUUUUACAUAACAAAAUCAUUGUUAUAUAAAUUAUUUUUUGAAAUUGUUUACAAUUUAAUUGACUGUAUGACAACUUGAUUUUCUAUUUUCGACACAUUUACUGAUUAAUGCAUGUAUGUAUUCCAAGUUCUGUGAAUAUACUGAAAGAUAAACUUUAAAAUCAUUCCAUUUCUUAUGAUAAGUAAUUUUAUCUUUUUUUAUAUUCUUAUUUUUAAUUUCGCUAUUUUCUUAUGAUGUUUAUUUUUGCAUGGAAACCAGUGAUUGGUACCUGUACUUGGCAAGACAAAUUAUCUUUUGUCUUUUCUUUCUAUUGUUUUUCUUAGUUAAGUUAUAUUUUAGUAUAUUCACAAAACGUUUUGUUUGAAAAGAAAAAUGAAAGAUAUCAACAGUAGAAAGGAAAUGUAAUAAAUAAUUCCAAACAUAGUUGAUACAAUAAAGUCAUAUAUUUGCUAGUGUGGUGAUUUCCGUAUGUACGGGACGAAGCGUAUAAGUGCAGUGAUGCAACGAGAAAUAACAUGUUAAUAAACAAUUGUUUACAAAAGAUUUAA